CUCUGCAGCCUCAGAAGAAGGAGUCAUUAGCUGAAACCUCCAGGAACCGGGGGGUCUGAGAAGGCUUCUCAGGAUGGAUGUCGCCCGCCUACUCCUGGCCUCCCUAGUGGGCUUCCUGUGCCUCCUCACCGUCUACAGCCACCUGGUGCUUGAGGAGACACUCGAAGAUGACAAGAGUCUGAGGAGUAACUCCUCCAUGAACUCCUUGGAAUUCUCCUCCGUUUCUAUCGUGGCAUUGAACAAGAAAUCCAAGAAGAUCAGCAGAAAAGAAGCCGAGAAGCGGAAGAGGUCUUCCAAGAAAAAGGCUUCGAUGAAGAAGGUGGCACGUCCCCCGCCACCUACGCCCUGCGUGGCUACCCGCGACAGCUGCAAGCCGCCUGCGCCCGCCUGCUGCGACCCGUGCGCUUCCUGCCAGUGCCGUUUCUUCCGCAGCGCCUGCGCCUGCCGUGUGCUCAACCCCAACUGCUGACGCUACUUCUACGCUGCGCGCGCAGCUUUUGAAACGGGGUGACUGAGCGGGGCUUCGGGUCCCGCGCUUCUAGGCUGAG